AUGUUCUUGUUCAAACUGUCGACAUAUAAUUGGGUACCCGGGUUACGCGUACCACGUGUCAGAAAUCAUCCACGUGCUGUUCUUCAUCAUCUAAAUCGUGUACCACAUUGGGAAGAAGGAACAGUCGAUUCAGUGUUGGCUGAAAGAAUAGGUGCGGGAACAGAAGAUAAUCCAUUUGUUAUCUAUCGUGAUCCUCAUUCAAUCGGUACCGAUUCACAUAAACGUUUACGUUUCGUCUGUGUAUCUGAUACUCACAAUCAAAUUGAUAAAUUAACAAUUCCACGUGGUGAUGUGUUCGUUCAUUGUGGCGAUGCCGUCAAAUAUUAUUCAAGCGCUCGUGAUUUACUCAAAUUCAAUAAAUUUGUUGGUACCCUUCCACAUACUCAUAAACUAUUUAUCAGUGGCAAUCACUGUAUAUCUAUCAAUCCUGAACGACCAGAUCUUACACAAGAAAUUCUCAGUAAUAUGACUUAUAUUCAAGAUCAAAUUAUCGAUAUUGAGGGUGUACGGAUCUACGGCAGCCCGUGGCAACUGAAACGUGGUCUUUUCUAUCGAGCCGAAGCUUUCAGUUAUGCACCUGAAAAUAUUCGAGCGGAUAAAUGGGCUCAUAUUCCAGAAGAUAUCGACAUAUUACUUACACAUAGUCCUCCUUAUAGUAUUCGAGAUCACUGUUCAAAGAGUGCUGAACAUUUAGGUUGUCCAGGUUUACUACACGAAGUUGUCACAAGAGUCAAACCUCGCAUUCAUCUCUUCGGUCAUAUGCAUGAUGGUUAUGGUGCAAGUCUGUAUAAAAGUGAAGAAAAUCAAACGUUAGAAGGAGAAAAUUCCACAUCAUUAUCUUCCGAUAUUCUCUUUGUCAAUUUGGCUAUUGAUCAAGGAAGACGACUUGGUGACCCGGUUGUGAUUGAUUAUUUCUAUUGA